AUGGUUUUAAAACUUUUGAAUAUUUUAAUAAUCUAUGUUAUUGGUAGUUUUCUAUCAACAAAUCAAGUAGUAGAUUCUCAGGUGAUUACUUUUAUCUCACCACUCGUCGGUUACAAAUUUACUACUCCAAAAUUCACCAUUAGAGGAACUGAUUUUGCCUUUAACCCGGUACUCUCUAUUGCAAAUGUUAUUCAGCCUUUAAAGAUAUUCAAUGUCAUUCCCAAUGAUAUUUCAACUUUUAUAUGGGACAUAACUAAUCCAAAUCGUUUAGAUAAGAACUUUAUUUCUGUUACCUAUGGUAGUAAAGUCAUAUUUCCAAUAUUGCCUUUUGAAGAUGCUUUUUAUCUAUUUGCAUUUCCUACAAUAAAUUCAUUCACUCCUGAAUUUUAUUAUCCAAGAGGUCUUGACAACCAAGUAGAAUUGACUAUUAAUGGAGAGUAUUUAAAGUUAUCACCAAAUGAUCCUCAUCCUACUGUAUUCUUUAGAAAUACACUAGAAGAUGCCCAACUUACAGUUAUCAGUUCUACUCCAAAUCAAGUCAAAUGUACCAUACCUAGAUACCCUAAUGAUGUAGAGGUUGAUUUUUCAAUUGUUGUGAUUCCUCCAGGUCUUGCGAAUGGAGCUCUUGCUCCACGUCUCUUUUAUUAUGUAUUACCACUCCAGAAAAGUGUUGAACCUUCAAGAGGAACGACCAACUUUCAACAGAUCACAAUUACUGGAAAGUUCUUCAUUGAGAACCCUCAAUCCUAUGUUAUUACUGUAGACGGUACGGAGUGUAAGAUUAGUAAACGUUCACCAACCAAGACUAUAUGUGAUUUUUUUUAUUUAAAAUACGUUCCACCUGGUACUUCAGUUUCACUUCCAAUUAAUUCAAUAAUCGAUGGUCAAACUGUUCAUGGUCUAGUUAAUUACAUGAUAUAUGGAAAUUUUCUUGGUCAGGCUUCAAGUGUCAUGAUUGGUCCUGUAAUAUGUGAUAUUCAAUCAGUGGAUAAUGAUAGAAUUGAGUGUGUUUGCAAUUCCAAAGGUAAUUAUGUUGGUGAAAAAUAUGUAUUGGUAAUAAUGCCAAGCAGUAGUAUUUUUGCUAAGGACAAUUUUGUAUUUUACCAACGACCUUCGAUAACUAAAAUAUCACCAACCCAUAUCUAUGAUAGCGGUGUUUGGGAUAUUAAUGUUUUUACGGAACGAUUCACAAAGGACAACUAUGUUGUUGUCGAUGAUGAACCAGUUGAUGUCAUCACUGUAUCUGAAACCGUUUACAAAGUCAACGUAGAUCAAUCUAUUUUCAAAAUGCCAGUUGGUGAUAAUUAUAGAGUGACAAUCAAUUCACAUUCUGACGAUACAAUUAUCUCCGAUCCAAUGAUCUUAUCCGUUGUUGAAUCAAGGGCAACUAUUAUUCCAUAUGGUUCAUACAUCUUCUCAGAGACACCAGUGGAGGUAGAGUUUCUAAAUCUUCCAAUUGUUAUUUCAUCCACUGUUGCAAUCACAGCUACCAUCAAUGACCAGCAAAUCAACGGCAUAGAAAUUGUCAAUCCAACAAAAAUAUCAUUUACCAUUCCACCAAGUACUUGGCAAAAUAAGAAUGUUGAUAUUUCCAUCAACUUUCCAUAUAACAAAUACUCAUUUCUAUUCGAUUUCACCUACGUGGAACCAACUUUCACUGAUUUUAUUAAGCCAGAACUCACUCUCUGGCAAGGUGGUGGAUACUUUGAAUUUCAUGGUCAAUUUUUGAGUCUAAUCUCAUCCAUUAAAUUGGGGGAUGUUUAUAUUGACAGAUCCAUAUGCACUGAUUUUACAGAUACUUUAAUUAAAUGUUUAAUUCCAGCGAAUACUCCAGCUCUCUACAAUUUGGUUUUGUAUGUCAAAGACAACUUCAAUAUAGUUCAUUCAUAUGAAAAUCCACAGUGGUUUAUUGAAUACCAAGGACCAUCCAUAGAAUCAAUUUCUCCUCAACGUGGUUCAAAAAGAAUACCAAAUACUCUGUUCAUCUAUGGUAUUAAUUUUAAUAAUGAUCCAAAUCUCGUUCAAGUGACUGUGGGAAAUGUCCAAUGUAAAGAAAUCAAGAUUAUGACACCUGGAGAACUCAUUGCCUGUGAGAUUCCACCAAUGGCCACUGUUGGUUAUUUAGAUGUUAUUGUAACUGUAGAUGGUAUUGCUUCAGAUAGACCAGCUAUGAAAUUUUUUGAUGGUAUCGAUCUUUGGAUGGUAAUUGCAGAUACUUUUAAAAAAAGAAUGUUUGUUCAAAUGUAUAGCUCCAAAGAUAACUCUGACCAACAAUCACAAGUCAAGUACCCAAUGCAACCUACUCAACAAGUUCUCAAUGUUGCCGAAUUGGAACUUCCAGUAGAUCUUUGUCCAAGCCUUUUACUACAUUCAGGAUCCGCUCCAAGAUUUUCAUAUCUACACAAUGAACAUUCAAAAUUAGGUUUUCCAUUUUAUCCAAAAUAUUCAUCUGAAACAGAUAAUAACGGUGAUAAUAAUAGACAUAAUGGACAAGGUCAACGUGGUGGUGGUGCAAUUUGCUUUGUUCAUGAUACUUUGGUUUAUCAAUUCAAUAGAAUGGUUCGAAAAUAUGACACAUACAACUCUAAAGAUCUUCAAACAACUGCAGAUAAUGAUGCAGUUAGUUUAUUCUAUUCAACAUCUGUACCCAUAAAAGUUACAAGGGAAAAUCAACAUCCAACACUCAAUUUUGAGAUUAAGGAUUUCAUUGGAAAUGAACAUUUCUCAAAGUAUCCACCACAAUACAUUAAAAUUAAACCAGAUACUCUUAACAGUGGAUUCGAUAUCACUAUUAAUAUUCAAGCUCUCCGGACAAGUAGAAAUUUUGUAGCUCCACAAGGUGAAAAUCCAGUUGUUUAUGUAGGUGGAGAUGUACCGGGGAGCGAUCAAAUGGAUAUUUCGAAUUAUUAUGCAAAUGAUAUAUUUUCAUUACAUUAUAUUGCAUAUGAUUCUGCUGUCGGAUCUAUUUGUGAUAAUCGAGAAUUACUUUUUAGAUGUACUAGAGAAUUGGCACGUGUUUCACAUAUAGAAACCACUGACAAACCACUUCCAGAUUAUCCACCUAAUGGGGCGGUGGUAAACGCAAGGGCACUCAAAUACAAUCUUGAAGCAGGAGUGAGAAACUUUGCUUUCCCUAAGAAUGGAGAUUUUUCAGUGAUGGAGUUAACUUCACAAUUCCAGAGAAAUUCGCUCAAUACUCAACAACUCUUCAACUAUAUAAUCGAUAAAAAUCUUCAACAAUCUGGUUAUUUUUCACCAGAACCAUCUUGGAUCUUUAGACAAAAUUCAGACCUUUGUAGUGAAGAAAUUGCUUACCUAAUGACCCUUCAAUAUCUAUAUUCCAAAUCUCCGAAUACAGACUCAUUGAUUUAUACAGUUGGUGAAGAUGUUCCAAAUUGGGCAAAUGGUAUUCUAUAUCAAGACAAUGAUCCAAUAAUAUAUGAUUGUUUUUCGAUAGUAACGGGGUUCAAAAAUAUUGAAAAAUAUCCAGAUGUUGGUAAUAUGGAUAAUCCUUCAGAUUCACUUCUAUUUAUGAGAAGUGCAAGUGCUGCUUGGAGUUGGAUGAAUCCAAAAUAUCAAGAUGGUAGCAAUGCUGCAAGAACAAAAGACGAUACAAUUCCAGUUGAAGUAUUGGAAGACCUUAUGAUAAGAGUACUACAGAAUACCCAAGGAACAAUUAGAUCUCUUUCCAAUUUUUUUGAUUUCAUUGGAGAUAAAUACAAAUCUGUAUUGAACUUCAAGACAAUUCUUGAAAGAAACAAUAUUAUUGCAGUUAGUACAGAACAACGUUUAAUAGUUAAUAUAUUACAAAUUAAGCUACCUUCAUCAUUCCUCAAGAGUCAAACUUUCACUUCCACAGUAAACGAUUCAUCUACAAUUAAAUCUCCACUUUUAAUAGAUGAACUUUCAACAAAAUCAGGUAUCCAACAAUUAAUCUCAACCCAACUUAUCAAUGAAAGUGAUGUUUACUCACUGAAUAUCUUCCAAACAGAAAAACUUGAAAUUGCAUUGGACAAAUGGAUUUCUAUUAAAGGCCAAAGUCAAGCAAUUCAAACACUCAUUUGGAAUCCAGUUACUCAAUAUCAUAAUCAACCAAUCAAAUUUAUUCAAGAAUUGAAUCAUUAUCAAAUUGGAAAUAGGAUUGAUCUUAUCUCGCAAUCAAUCGGAACAACUGGAACAAAAAUUACAUUGUCAUCACCACUUUCAAUUGUAUCCAUUACAUUCAUUUUAGAGAGCAUCUUAAUGAGUGACCUAGGGGCAAAAACCAAAAUUGGAGAUCUAGAGAUUUAUUAUCUUCCAAAACCAGAUUCAUAUCAAGGUUACAUUACUGAUGAUUAUGAUGGAAUGAUAAUCUCUACAAUCAAUUCACAACUUUGUGAUAUCCAAAUGAUUACAUUAUCUGACUUCCAAUCAAAUAACUUUGAUUUAACAUGCUCUGGAAUUGGUCCAAUCAUCACAUUUGUCAAUCAAUUAACUGGUAUAACCGAUGGUGGAUAUCCGAUUACUAUAAAUGGUAUCAGAUUCAAUUCUUCAAUGACCGUUUCAAUUCGAGAUAAUGAAUGUAAAUCAACGAUAUUCAUAUCCUCGGAGCUAUUAAUAUGCAUAGUACCAAGUGGAGUUGGAAGGAACAAUGAAAUUCAAAUUUCAACAGAACAAACCAUUUUCAACGUUCAAAGAACUAAAUACUUAUUCUCUUACGGAACUCCACAAAUCAGCAAUGUUCAACCAGAAACCAUCAAGAGUUAUGGAAGUGAUUUUAUGACGAUAACAGGAUCAAACUUUGGAGAUGAUGUAAUGAAAGUUCAAGUAUUGAUCGAUGACAAACUUGAAUGUUUAAUAGAUUUUCUCUCUUCAGAAUCGAUUGUUUGUUUGACACCUCCUGCCAUUGGAGAUCAUCGAUCUGUUACUGUGAUCGUAGCUGAUCAAAGCUCUACAAUAAACAUCGAUACACUCGUACAACAAUCUUUUAGUUUCAGUGGUCCAGAGAUCAUUUCAUUCGUCCCUUCAUCUGGAGAUCCAAACGAUAAGAUUAUCAUUUUGGGUGAAGGAUUUAGAGAUGAAGAAGACUAUGACUUCCUACCACUCUUAUACAUUGGUGAUAAUCAGGUUCAAAUCGAUAACUUUACCAACGAUUUUAUCGAAUUUGAUUUGGAAUAUGAAACUUCAAUUCAACCAUUGAUCAUACAAUCCAGUGAUCAAUCGCUCUAUUCUCAAUUCACAUACUAUCAACCAAUCCUAACACAAUUCAAUAAUUCAUUAGUCAAUACAACAGGUGGAUUAAUCGAAAUCUACGGUGCUGGACUAGGAAUCUCUUUUGAUUAUGUCGAAAUCUACUUGAACGCCAACGAAAUAGAAUGUAAUUCAUUCAACGAGUUUAUUGAAUGUUUAAUACCACCUGGAAUAGGAUCUAAUCUAGUAUUGUCAGCAACUCUAUCAAGCGAACCAAUUGAAUUGACAGACAACUUUACUAUUUCAUACACUGCACCAAAGAUCCUCAGCGCUGAAACUACCGGUAUAAAUACUAUUAAAAUCUAUGGAUUUGAUUUUGUUCCAGUCGAGCUUGGAGUUACAUUCAACGUUUUAGACUCCAAUAUCCAAAUGAUCUAUAGCGAUAGGAAUGAAACCUGUAACGAUUUUAUCUCAAGUGUGCUUGCUGAGUGCUCUUUCAUCGAUAUGCCUCAAGCAGUUCAAAUCAUUGUUGGAGGACAAUACUCAAAUAUUCAUACAUUUUAA